GAGGUGGGCAGGGAAGGGGAGGGCUGUGCGGGGGGUGGGGGUAUAUAUGCCAGUGGAGCUGCUCCGGCGGCAUCCAGCCUCACAUCGGAGGGAGCCCAGCGACUGACAGCUCUCUCAGCACCUAGCUUCCUGCUCCUGCAACAUGAAAAUCCUGCUUGGUGACCUCCUGCUGCUCAGCCUCCUCUCCAGCGUGUUCAGCAGUUGUCAGAGGGACUGUCUAACGUGCCAGGAGAAGCUCCACCCGGCCCUGGACAGCUUUAACCUGGAGGCAUGCAUCCUCGAGUGUGAAGAGAAGGUCUUCCCCAGCCCUCUCUGGAGUCCCUGCACCAAGAUCACAGCCAAGGGCUCCCGGAAGCUCAGCCCUGCUGACCCUGAGCAGGUGGCGGCCACCCUUGACCAACCAAGUGCCUCCGAGAUGCAGCACCUGAGGCGGAUGCCCCGUGUCAGGAGCCUGUUCCAAAGGCAGGAAGAGAUGGAACCUGGCACCCUUGAAGCUGGCGAGGUGGAGCAGAAGCAGCUGCAGAAGAGGUUUGGGGGCUUCACGGGGGCCCGGAAGUCAGCCCGGAAGCUGGCCAACCAGAAGCGGUUCAGUGAGUUUAUGAGGCAGUACCUGGUCCUGAGCAUGCAGUCCAGCCAGCGCCGGCGCACCCUACACCAGAAUGGUAAUGUGUAGCCAGAAGGGGAGUCCUCCCAGCUACACCGGCCACUGCAACCCCUGAGCGUCCAUGUGAUCCCCAAAACAGCAUGUGUCCAGCCCCAGAGCUGCCGGCUGGGAAUCAGGAUUCCUUCUUCCCCAAGGCACUGAGGGCCUGCAGACCCUGCGGGCGUGGCCUCCAGAGCCCCCACCCCACCCCACCCCCACCCCGGCAUGUCGCACCCAACCCUGUUGCUACAUCAGAGUGUAUUUUUGUAAUUUCUCCAGCUAGCAUUUUAAUAGCCCCAUCCUUCCUUCUCACCCACCCCUUCCCUCUUCUAGGGGCAGGUGAAAGGAGUACAAAAAUCAAGCCUGGGGUUUUGACUCAUCACUGCCAUAACCUGUUUGUAAAAGAGCUGUUCUUUUUGAUUGUUUGAAACAAUUAUUUCUCCAUUAAACUUCUGAGCAAAUGGUU